AUGGACAUUAUCGACGAAAAUCCUAUGAGUAUCGGCGAAGACGAGAAUGAAGUAUAUCGACAGGAGAAACGCCGACGCACUGAUAGUGUGUCAUCCGACUCAUCUCUUCGUGAAUCAGAGUUCUCUGACAAAGAAGCUUUAGACAGUUUCAGUGAAUCAGCGGAGAAUGCUGUUCUGUCCGAGGCGCCUGAUGAAACCGAAGGAGAUUGGAUGGAAGGUCCAUUUGUUCCCGAGACCCUACCGUCUACGAGACCAAGCCCAGGAACCCUUAUACCUGGUAUUGACGGUUCGAAGUUUAAGGCGCUUUUCGUGGAUGAUGUUGCAGUUCAAAACCUAGUAAAAGACACCGAACACGUCACUUCACGUUCCGGACACGUCAGCCGAAUGCAUCCGGAUAGAUGGGCCACUAUUCUUACUCAACGGACACCUCAGGAUGGAGGCCGCAUGCGGGGGGAAUAUCAUCAAAUGACUUAUCUUGAGGAGAAGGAUUGCUCCCUCACACGGGCCGUCUUCCUCUUUGCGAGCAUACAGAAGGAGGAGACGGCGUCCCAGUUCUUCUCGCUCCGCACCAUGGCCUCGACUAAGGCCGGGCGUAGUAUGGCUCAAGCAUUAGUGAAGCUAGGCGGCAAAGGCGAGAAGUGGAAUCAACUGAUGGCUAUGGAGCAUGGAGCACCCACAACACCAGAGGAGUGUGAGGAAAAAUUAGCUACUGGCCUUUUAAGGGAUUUAAGGUUCGGAGGAUUUAGAUUAGACAAUAUGAGAAUUAACAUACUAAGCAGUAUUAUUUUUCUUUUAUUGGCGAACGACUCAUGCGCGGUUGAGCAGAAGAAACAAAACAGUUUAAUUACUACUUACGACCCUGGGGCGUCUUCGACUGUCGGUUCUAAUUUACAAAAUUAUGGACAAAUUAGUCGUAAUGACAAACCUCCAGAUCGACCAAUUAAAUUCGAAGAUGGUCCUGAAGGACAAGAACUGAUUGAUGUUGACAAAGUAGACCCAAGCUUAUUUUUAGCAGAUAUAUCAUUUGAUAAUGAGGAAGACUUGAGUAAUAAUGAUCACAUUUCUAAUAACAUUACACAAAACCGGAAAAAUACAGGGAAAAAGAUUAAAUUUGAAAAUAAUGAUGAUAUAAACGACGAUAUUGAUGAUAAUCAAGAAGACGAUGAUUCUCAAAGGAGCACUGGAAAAGUUGUAUUUGAAGAAAAUGGUACAAACGAAGAUGAUGCUAUAUAUGCCGAUGAAACUGAAAGAGGAGAAGAAACAGUCGCUAAACCAAUUAAAUUCGAAAAUCAGGAAUCUAGCAUCAACACCAAAAAUCAAGAGACUGUAACUGAACGAGUAGCCUUCAUUGAUGAUAGUUACCAAAAGCAAGAACCGUUUCGAAAGAAAACUAGAAAAUCCAGAAAACCUCGUUAUCAAACAAAACACCCCAGUCAAGAUCCAACCUAUCCCUAUUCACCAUAUCGUGAAUCAAGUUAUCCAAACUAUCAAGGAGCAGCUUCUGGUUAUCCUGUACCCGCUCAUUCAGCUCUGGGCUUUUCUUAUCCUGGUUACCCGACCCCAUAUCCAGGAGCACCACUUCCAACGCCUCUGUAUCCAGGUGGAGCAUUUUCAACUUCUUUAUACCCUGGAUAUCCAACUCCAUCUUAUCCGACCUAUCAAUACCCUCCAAUAAAUUCAGGAUAUGGCGGAAAUCCACCGCAAGGCUAUCAGUCGCAAUAUCAAAGGCCACAGUCGAAUCCUAUUGUUUAUCCGACUCCGGCUACUGGCAAUUCAAAUGGACUGUCUGUUUCCAGAUAUCCUCCACCAUAUUCUAACCCUGGAUCACCUGUAGGGUCCACACAAAAUGGACAUCUAGAUAAUCCAUACUAUCAAGGCUAUCCCUUCCCUAGUUAUGCUCAAGGUUAUACAAGCGAUCCCAACACACAUAACCCUGGCCACAGACCAGGCUAUGGAUAUCUGGGAGCAAAUCAACCCGGGUAUCAGAAUGGAAAUGGAAGGCCGUCUCGUCGCCCCAAGUCGUUGACCCAGCGUGCAGUAUCGGCAGUAGCCGAAGCCUUGACCUCGAUAGCGCUAUAUGACGACUAUCAGUGCGUGCCCAAGAUACUCUGUGAUGUGGCUGGAGGUAGCACGGCGGUGUCAUCACCAGCACUCCUCAAGGCUACUGAGACUUUACAGCCUUUGUUGACGUUGCUUGCAGCGUAUAAUGGGCUGAGUUCAUCUCCACUGUUCUUAUUUGGGCGCGCUGCUGUGACGGGAAUGACUGCGAAGGGGGAUCCAAAUGUUUGUCACCGUACUUAUCCACAAUGUCCAACUGAUCCAGAAAAACUUGUUCACUACCUUAACAACCAUAAUGGAGGAUUCUUCAGAUUCUUCGGGCAACCAGAACAGUCUCAGCAACCACAGAACUUGGAACAAUUUUAUAAUUACUUAUCUGGCCAGUAUGGAUUUCAACAGCAUCCACAACAACAACAAAAUUACGGGAUCUUAAGACCAUACGGUCAAGGUUAUGGAUACCCCAACCAGAAUCCUUCCAUCAAUCCCCAAAAUUACGCUCACAAUUACUACCAAGGACAAAACAGAUACAGAAAUGGAGAAAUGGAAACUGCUGAAAGUGAAAUACAAGAGCGCAUUCAAAACAAACCAGCAAUUAAUAUCUUAGAAGAUGAAAAUGAUCAAAGUGCUAAUGCUUAUCAAGAUAACGGUUCUACAUGGUCGUUCCCUGAAGAUGGUUUUACCGGAAAAGGUAUACCGAUCAUUGUGUCAAUCAAGGAUUUGAUGAGUUUUGUGUUUGUAGAGACUCAAUGGAAGGAACAAUACUCAAUGGCCGUUUCGUGGGGAAAUUCAUCAAAUGACUUCUCCCGUCCAGGAUUAGACAAGAGAGAGUGUCAGACUCUACUGACUAAAACCCGUCUGUUCCUUGUGCUGCUCUGGGCCGAGGCCAUGGUGACUCAUUGCGCUUUACCCGCAACCCCGGCUAAAGAUCAGCCCUAUAGGGCCCCGUCUGUGGUGGUCUAUUGGCUCUUUGAGGCGCGCGCGGAACGCUUCGCGCCGUAA